CCCCCCCCCCGGCCGAACCAGCCUGGCUGGAGCCUCGGAUCAAAAUGGCGGCAGAAGCGGCGGCGGGAGCAGAGCGAGGCUGGGAAGAAGGGAGCCCUUGAGUGGCCAAGAAAGAAAAUGGAGGCAAAGAACCUGCCUGAAUGGUGUCUUAACUUUUAUGAUGGAUUAUGGGAUUGUGCGCUGAUGAGCCCGCAAGCGGAAUGCUUAAGUGACUGAAGAAAAUGGGUGCUAAUGCUUCGAACUACCCUCAUUCGUGUUCCCCAAGGGUAGGGGGAAAUUCUCAGGCACAACAAACGUUCAUAGGAACAUCAUCCUAUUCCCAUCAAGGCUAUGGUUGUGAAUCUAAACUGUAUAGCCUUGACCAUGGCCAUGAAAAAACUCAAGACAAGAAGAAGAAAAGUUCUGGCCUUGCUACCCUCAAAAAGAAAUUUAUUAAGCGCAGAAAGUCUAGCCGGUCUGCUGAUCAUGCCAAGCAGAUGCGGGAGCUCCUUUCAGGCUGGGAUGUUAGAGAUGUCAAUGCAUUAGUAGAAGAAUAUGAAGGGACGUCAGCCUUAAAAGAGCUUUCUCUACAAGCCAGUUUGGCAAGACCAGAAUGUAGAACACUACAGAAAGAUAUGGCUGAACUGUAUGAGUUUAAAUAUUGUACGGAUGUAGAUCUCAUAUUUCAAGAGACUUGUUUCCCUGUGCAUCGUGCAAUUUUAGCUGCGAGAUGUCCAUUUUUUAAGACCCUACUUUCUUCUUCGCCAGAAUAUGGUGCAGAGAUUAUAAUGGAUAUCAACACAGCUGGCAUAGACCUGCCCAUGUUUUCAGCUUUAUUGCACUACCUGUACACAGGAGAAUUUGGAAUGGAAGACUCAAGAUUUCAAAAUGUUGACAUUCUCAUGCAGCUUAGUGAGGAAUUUGGUACCCCAAAUUCUUUGGAUGUUGAUAUGCGAGGAUUGUUGGACUACAUGUGUUACUAUGAUGUAAUUCUCAGUUUUUCAUCUGACUCUGAACUGGUUGAAGCUUAUGGCGGAAGUCAGGGCUGUUUAGAUGAGGAGCUCAGAGCACACAAAGCUGUAAUUUCAUCACGGUCACCAUUUUUCCGGCAUUUGUUGCAACGGAGGAUACGGACAGGUGAAGAAAUCACAGAUCGAACACUAAGGACUCCAACAAGGAUUAUACUGGAUGAAUCUAUUAUACCAAAAAAAUAUGUGAGAGUAAUUUUAAACUGUAUGUACACAGACUUGGUGGAUCUCUCUAUUUUGCACAGCAGUCCUUCAGUGGGAAGUCUGAGUGAAGUUCAGGCUCUUGUAGCAGGAAAGCCAAGCAUGACAAGAGCUGAAGAAGCUAUGGAACUAUAUCACAUAGCACUCUUUUUGGAGUUCAGUAUGCUUGCGCAAGGUUGUGAGGAUAUUAUUGCUGAGAGCAUCUCAUUAGACACUUUAAUUGCUAUUCUCAAGUGGAGUUCUCAGCCGUAUGGCUCUAAGUGGGUGCACCGCCAAGCACUGCAUUUCCUCUGUGAGGAAUUUACCCAGGUCAUGACUUCUGAUGUCUUUUAUGAACUCAGCAAAGACCACCUGCAAACAGCUAUCCAGUCGGACUACUUACAGGCAAGUGAGCAAGAUGUCCUAAAGUACCUUGUUAAAUGGGGUGAACAUCAGUUAAUGAAAAGAAUAGCAGACCGAGAGCCUAAUUUGCUGAGUGGCACAGCUCACAGUGUGAACAAACGAGGUGUGAAGCGGAGAGAUCUUGACAUUGAGGAAUUAAAAGAGAUCCUUUCUUCACUGUUACCAUUUGUCCGCAUUGAGCAUAUUUUGCCAAUGAACAGUGAAGUACUAACAGAUUCUAUGAAGAGAGGUCUCAUUAGUACCCCUCCUUCAGACAUGUUGCCAACUGCGGAAGGUGGAAAGUCAAAUGCCUGGUUGCGACAGAAGAAUGCAGGAAUUUAUGUGAGACCGAGACUAUUUUCCCCUUACGUGGAGGAGGCAAAGUCGGUUCUGGACGAGAUGAUGGUGGAACAGACUGACCUAGUUCGUUUACGGAUGGUUAGAAUGUCCAAUGUACCUGAUACCCUCUACAUGGUAAACAAUGCCGUUCCACAGUGCUGUCAUAUGAUAAGUCACCAGCAAAUAAGUAGUAGCCAAUCCAGUCCUCCUUCUGUUGUAGCCAAUGAAAUCCCAGUUCCUUGUCUGUCUGUUGUUAAGGAGAUGGUAAAAAGACUGCAGGAACUUCGUCACACUGAGCAGGUGCAAAGAGCAUAUGCUCUGAAUUGUGGAGAAGGGGCCACUGUCAGUUAUGAGAUUCAGAUCCGUGUCUUGAGAGAAUUUGGACUUUUGGACUCUGCUGCUGAACUCUUGCAGAAUCCUCACAAGUUCUUUCCAGAUGAGCACUUUGGGGAUGAAAGCCCACUUCUGACCCUGAGACAGUCUGGACGAUGUCGAGUGAACAGUACACCCACUGCAGAAACCAUGUUUACAGAGCUAGAUUCUUUUGUGGCCUUCCAUCCCCCUUUACCUCCUCCUCCACCUCCUUAUCAUCCACCAGCAACUCCAAUCCACAACCAGUUUAAAGUCGGAUGGAAGCCAAGGGGACAAAGCCAGCACCCUUCCCGCUCCUUCUCUUACCCUUGUAACCAUUCCUUGUUUCACACCAGGACAGCCCCGAAAGCUCCCCCACCCAUCUAUUUAUCGAGUGUCAAAGCCACACCUCCUGAUUGCACUAACACAGCGGGAAUGGGAAGGCAAACAGUUGCGGCAGCAGCAGCUGUGAUGGCUGCUGAAAAGCAAGUGAGUACCCCGCCUGUGCUCAAUGAGCUGGUUCCAGAUAUUGCCAUGGGUGUGUCGACAAUGUCUCUCAAGGACCGGAGGCUGCCAGAGCUUACUGUUGACACCGAACUGAGCCAGCCUGUUCUAGAGGUUGGGUCGGGAGCACCCCAACACAUUUCCUGCGUGCAGACAAGGCACAUACACAGUUCCCGGAAAAAACAUUCAGUUGAGCAAAAGCUGGAUACCAGAGAGAAUCAGCAGGAGUAUCCUGACUUCUAUGAUUUCUCCAGUGCUGCAUGCAGACCUUCCACUCCUGCCCUUAGCAGGCACACUCAAUCACCUUCUCAAGGCAUCUAUUACGGCCCGGAUUUGUAUAGCCACAACAAAGUAUCACCCAACGGCUUGAAGGCAACCCACUUAUCUAACCACAUCUCUCCAAAAAAGGUAGAGGAAUCUCGGAGAGAGUAUGCACUUUCUCAAGAAGGGCAUCCACACAGACAAAAGAAUGAACCAAUACACCUUGAUGUCUUAGAGCAACCUCCCCAGCGGUUGGACUUGGCAUUGGCUGCCCAGGAGAACACGGGGAACAUCCCCGUUCAUGCAAGAGGGCGAACAAAAAUAGAAAGUGACCUAACCUAUGGGCUCACCUCUGGCCGGCCUCCUCUGCCAGCAUACAGUUCAGAGAUUCAUGAAGAGCAAUUGAGCCGGCGAUUGGCAGACAUUCAGCCCCUGGAGCAUGAAGCACAGAGAAACGCAGAUCUGGAAAGAGAAGAGGCAGCGAGCAGAGGCAGGAGGUCUCCAAGCAAACCUGACUUCCUGUAUAAGAAAUCUGCCCUCUGAAAACCACCUCCACUUCUUCUCCGUGCCUAUAGAGUUGUGAAAUAUCCAUUUUUGCAAUCUUUGGCCUGACAUUUGUUGGCCAAAAUCAUUUAAAUGCCAGCCGCUCCAUUCUUUUCUUUACAUUUUUGUAUAUACAUGGCUUCGUUAGAGAUGGCAUGCUACCAGUUUAUUUGGAAUGCUGCUUCAGGGUUUGUGUUCUGAACAGAUUUUGUUAAGCCUCUUUUUGAAAAGAUAUUUUAACUGGCACCUUUACAAAUAAUAAUAAUAAUAAAUACAAGGUAGCCUUUUGCAUCUGUACAUUCAACUUUAGUUUUGGGAUUCGUAUGUUUAAACUUUUACUGUCAUAUUUUAAAGGACUGUAUGUUCAUACUCUUCUUUGUGGCUUUUUUUAAGGAAAAGAAAUAUUUCACCUCCUGUUUUCCUGUGUGCAUUGGAUGGCACACACAAGAUGUAUUUUCUUACAUAAGAUGGUGACAAUGUCUGUCUUUAUUUUUGAAUGACUAUAGGAAUUCCAAAGAACAGCACAUCUCAGUAACUGCUGUGGUUAGGUCUGAAACCUUCCUGGUCUACCACUAGUGCAAGAAUCCAACCUAGCUUAUAUAUCUUCUGUUUACCAAGUCCAUGACAGCUAGUCUUCUUGUUGAUGUAGCAAAUACUCAGUAACAUUUAGGGCUGGGAUUUUCUUUGGGAGAGAGGAGAACUGCUCCCUUGAGGCUCUGGAGUCCUUCCCCUUUGGAUCCUCUGAGAAGCACUUUCCUCCUUCAUCCCACUUGUUCAUACCCAUCUAUCAGUGACUGGUAUUGUAAACACUCUCAUCAAGCUUUCCUUUUUAAAAAAAACAUGAAGGAAUGAUGAGGUUUCAUACCAAGUGCAGGAGGGAGAGAGGGAUGCUUCUGCUAACGCUGCCUCUUAACAUCUGAGAUGGGUGUUAAUACCUUGCAGAAAACUCUCCCUCUCCAAAAAGCUCUGAGGGGAAUGCUUUACUGCCUUCUUUCUUCUGCCUCUAACUAUGAGACCAAGGGCUUCAAGUCUUGGUGAUACUGCUGAGCGCCUGACACUAUAAGAGCUCUAGCUCUGUGAAUGGAAAUCUCAGAUUGAAGCGUAACAGCUAUAGCUUCCAUAGCUGUAAGUGAUAUAGCACUUAGUUUCAUUAUCCCAACCUCUUGAGUGUAUUUGGGGUUUUCUUUUUGUCAGUGAAGAUUGAAAGGCGAGGUUAGGAACACAAAUGUAGGGACGCAGGGCUGAUAAUUAAGGCAUGUUUAGCCGUGCCUGUUGCCACUAACGUAUGGCCACUUCAGCAAUCAGCAUUUGCAUUAUCACAUAUUUUUGUGGCAAGUGCUGGAAAGGUUUGAGUACCACUGUGUGGUCACUUGUAUCAAAGGCCUAACUUGAUAUGGUGGUCAGAUCUAAAAUAUAGCUCUUCCAUCACCUGAACACCUCAGUCAGGAUAUUAUCUAACAUAUCUGACUCCGUUUUUAGAUACUUGACACUGUUGACAUGUAAAAUUUGUUUCAAUCUUUAGUCACAGUUUUGUUCUUUCUUGCUUUUAAGCACCAACUUUUGUUCUUGUCACCUAUAACCUUCAGGGGGAAAACACUGUUAAAACAAGUUCUGGAGCUGCGGGUGUUCACAUAUAUCUAUGUGAGAGGAAAGAUGAUAUCACAAGUUUUACACCACAUUGAAUUUGCUACACUUCUCAUGAAGUGCAAAGCCUUUCAUCCUAUGCCUUUUAAAAUAUGUUCUGUGGAUAGUUGAAAUUAGUGAUAUGAUUCCUGUAGAGGGUUAAACAGUACCAAUUGUCAAAUGUCUCAUUUUUAUUGACUUGCUGGCAGGGAACACAGGGUACCACUUAUAUCUGUCCAACAAAUUAGUGCUUCAUCAAAUCCACUUCAGAGUCUUUUAAAUCUGCUCUUUAAUAUAUGGCUUCCAGGAACAAUGGGACCAGAAUAUCUUUUGGCCACCAGUAAAUGUGGGAACCAGCUAUGCCAUCUUGUCCAGUGAUUUUUUUUAUUUAUCUCAUGGACCAUAAUCCAGUCUUGUAUUUAUAUUAGAACUUGUUUGUUCCCAGAAAAAUAAGUGAUAUCUGCUUCCUUUUGCAAUUCCCCAUCUGCUUGAAAAACCUGUAUCAGGAGGCUGGCAAAUUCUCUGGGUCAGGUUUUUGACUGCUGCAACCGGAAUGGGAAGAUGAGAAUCCCACUUCCAUCAGCACAAGAGCACACUGUUGGAUUAAGCCAUGGUAUGGAAGUUAGUAUAAUUCCUUGCUAAUGGCUUUUUCCUUAGAGAGUUUAGAAUAGGACCGUUGCUGAUGUGAUAUUUUCCAUAAACUUAGUAUCCCCAAACAAGAAUCCACUGAAAAAUCUAUAAUUGCCAUGUUAGAUGUUUUACUGUUAUCCUCUCUCAAAAUAGAGCUAGUAUGCUUCCAAAAAUUGAUAGUGAAGCGUAACAUUCUCUUCUCCAACUUGGCCCCCUCCCAGAUUGUCAUAGUAAACUUCUCAUUGUGCCCAGCUGUGCCGUUUGGGAUGGUGAAAUUGUUCUUGAAAGCACCAGGUUGAGUGAAACUGGGAUAUAGAGAUGGCUAAAGUAACCCAUUAGGUUUUAAUUUGUGGUUGUUUCUAUGGAAUAGCUUGCUCAAAAGUAUUGGCAUGUAUUUUUCCUUCCUGGUAUACAAUUGCAAUUUAAGUAGGCCAUCAUCCUAGAACAGUGGAGUUUUCUAAAUGAGAACAAAUCUUGGUAAAAGAUUUUUAGGGGGGUUAAAGACAACUGGGGCACUUAACAUUAAAUUGUUUGCAAAAAUUGCUGGAGAGAAUGGAAGUAGCAUUAAUUUCGACUUUAUGUUUUAUCAAAUCUGUUUUCACACAUAUCCCUAUACAUUCUUUCCCUUCUUACACCUUGAUCCUUUUUCCUAGCAGCCAUAUGUCAGGUAAAUCAGUGGUACCUUUGCAGAACCUCUGGGUAGCCCUUUUAUUGACGAUCUGUACAAGAUGCCCUCCUGUAUCCCUCUUGUGCUUCCUUAAGAGAAGGCAUCUUUUCUGUGUUGAUAUUUGUAUGUGUUUGUAAACGGCAUAUGCACGGGUGGCCCGUUAAAACGCAGCUUACGUGUCCAUGAGUCAGAGGAAUGCAGAUAUUUUGUCAAGGGGUUAAUUUGGCCUGAGAACAAAUUGAUCAAACGUGAUUUGUGCCAUAAUUGAAAUUAUUUUUACAUUCUGCUGGACAGAUGGUUUACUCAGAGCUUCAAUUACUCAGUCCUUUUGUCCUCCAAAAAAAAGCAGGCCUUGUUAAGCAACAAGUCCCAACUGUUCAGUGUUGUAAUCAAUAUCUGUGUCGUGCUUAGUGUCUUCAAAGCACAGUACCGUCUCUGCAGCUUUUAAGAAAUAGUCAUCAUUUGAUUGCAUGAAGCACUUUUGAAUAAAUUAUUGAAAAUUCCAAGUACAGUAACCAUACAGCCAUGGCUUUGAAAGAGAAACAAUUGCUUACUGAACAGUUGGUAUAGGAUGAAACCUGAAAAUGAGAAUCUCGGCUACUUUAGCUGCCACCAGUAGAUUCUUGUCCAGAACUGGUUGGUGAGAUGCAUCCUGCAGAGAGAAAGGUAUGUGUUCUUCUUUGGUUGGGAUCCAGAGGACUGUAUGCACACAGUAUGUUUCCAUGCAUAUAGGUUUUAUUUUUUACCACAAAAGGAGUAAAGGGUAGAGGGGAGAGCUUUUCAGGAUUUGGGAUAACUUUUGACCUGAGAGGAAGGUUGAAACACCACUGUGCAGACAUUGCACUUUGGAUCCUAGCCAUUGUUUACAAACGGAUCUUUUAAACGAAUACUGUGAGUUGUUUCUUGAGUUAUCCAUACUGUCCUGUGAGGUUGCAAUAACUGCCUCUAACUGUCUAUACGUUUUCUUAUUUUAAUCUCUGUCAUUAGUAGGGUUUUUUCAGCCUUUAACAAGAGAGAAUGAAACCUGGCCCUUGUUUGGAAAUAUCACAAUUUUUCAUCUAUCACGUAAUUUAUUUUGAAAUGGGCUGCAGAUAGCACUAUUAUUCAUUUUACUCCCAACGACUGACUGUUUAUAUGGUGGAGGGUUGUAUGUGGAAUGUUGGGAGAAGCGGCAGGUAAAAAAAAAAGAAAACAUUUGGUAUUUCUAUACUUGUAUGUGUUUCUGGAAGGUGUUACGUGUCCAUGAUGUUAAUGUCGUCCUUGUGCUGUUACUGGUAUAAAGUCAAGUGCCUUCAAUGCUAAAGGCUCAGAAAUAAUUCUUAAACCAACUUCAUGUCCUAUGCAAGUGUUUUUUCUACAACCUGCAUAACCAGUACUUUGUAAAACUUGUUUACGCUUCAAUUGUACAUAUUGGUUUUUUAAGAAAAUAUAGUAUUUUUAUUUAGGUACCUCUAGAAUUGAAUUCUAGUCUUGUGUGAUGCAUUGUAAAACAAUACAUUUCUCUUUUGAGUACCAUUACAGUUGUAAAAAGGUUUUCACUGGUUCUAUUUUUCUACUGUUGCUGAGAAGCAUGUUAACACUAACUUUAUCCUACAUAUAGUUGGUAUUUCAAAUAAAUGGCUUGUCUAGAAAAA